GGAGGGGAGAGGAACGUGGAUCGGUAUGGAUCAAUGGAUCACGGUCGGGCCAAGAUGGCGCGCCGCCGAGGGGGCUGAAGGUCUCGCGCUCGUUCUCGCACGGAAGGGAUUUGUUCGCGUCACCCUCGCGCGAUCUCUGCGCGCGCCCGCGACAGUGGCGUAUUAUGUCCUCGUACACGUUCUCGCAGAGGCUGUUCACGCCUACGCCGCCGGAGCGCGGCAGCUUCCCGCUGGACCAUGAGGGCCGUUGCAAGAGCACCAUGAUCAGGUACAUGCGCUGCCUGGCCGAGAAUCGCAAUCAGAACACGAUGUGCCGCGACAUCGCCAAGGAGUACCUCGGCUGCCGCAUGGACCACGAUCUGAUGGCGCGCGAGGAUUGGUCCAAGCUCGGCUUCGCCGGCGAGAUCGACGGCGCCAAGGAGACGUAACGUCGAUAUCGUCUACGGG